AUGACAUUGGCCUGCAGGAUGGUUUUCCGUUGGAUUUUUAUACUGUGGCUUCAGCAGGAGCUGGAUGCAUAUCAGGAUCAUGUUAACAACACUGCAAAACAACGUGACUGCAACAAAAUUCUUCCUCAUGGAGUACCUAAUCUCAUCUAUGAUUUAUCUGAGGACUUUGGGGCCUUAGAUUUCAAGAUCAAAAUUGAACGCGAGGCCCUAGAUCAUGUCCGAAAUAUUUACAUCAAGCCCUCUCAUUGCGUGUUUGAUCUAGUUCCAGAGGCUUUUGGCAGAUUUACCUUCUCGCGAGGAGCCCAAUGGCACCUAUUACAUGGGUGGUGUGGAUGGAGGAUUAGGCCUUGGUUCAUCGUCUCUAAUUCUGACAGGCUAGACAGUCUGACAGACAAUGACGAGCCCAACAUCACACUGGGAAUUGACGAAGACUUGGUGGGUCUUGAUCAUGCUGGUUUGGUGGUUUGGGAGUUCUCGGACUGCGAAAGUGAGGACGAAAUGGUGAAUGAGUAG